AAACGAGCCAUUUGUUCAAUAUUAUACCACACAACUGUUUUUUUUUUUCUUUUUUCAGAUUAUGAUGCGUCAGAAGACAAUGCUGGUGAUUUAUGGAAUGGUGAUGUUGAUACGAGCUGUGAUGAUACUGCUUUGAUAGCAAAAUCGAAAAAUGGGCGACGAGUCGAGAAAGUUGCAGCAAGGAAUAAAAGAAAAAAGUUUGAGAAGUUCAGAGACAACAGUAACGUGAAAGCAUCAAGCAACAUCAACCACAGACAGAACGUCGGCCUCAUACUAGAACAUUCCACCAUCCUACCGUUUAAGUCCAGCAAAGGAUAUUUCAACUGCUUCUACUGCAAGAAACAGUACGCAAGCUUCGACCAACUCAAGUCCCACGUCAACGAGCUACACGAGAAUAUCAGCUUCAAAUCUAUUUUAAAAAGUAUAUACAGACCCCGCGACCGCAUCCGAGCUGAUGUCAGCGACAUAAAUUGCAGACUUUGUAAAAAAAAUAUAGAUACCAUAGACAUUUUAAUACAACAUCUGACGGAUGCACAUAAUGUCAAAUUCAAUUUUGACAGUGACAGCGUAAAGCCCGCGGAUUGUAUUUUGGGCUACGAUUUGAGUGACGGCAAGUAUCGAUGUUGUAAAUGUAAAGAGGAGUUUUUCUUUUUCAAAACGCUCACCAAUCACAUGAAUGAACACAGCACGGAACAUGUGUGUGAUGUUUGCGGCCGAUGCUUCUUACUAGCCGACCGAUUAAGAGCCCAUGUACAAAUUCACAAAGAAAGCGCGGUAAAAUGCGACUAUUGCGGGAAAAUAUGCAAUUCUAAAAUGAUAUUACGAAGCCACAUUAGAUCGAAACAUAUGAAACUAUCCUUCAUGUGUUCAAUAUGUAACAAAACGUUCCUAACUAGUCGGAAACGCGUCGAGCAUUUAGAGGAAGUACAUAACAGGAAGCCUUUGAACCUAAAUUGUAAGAUUUGUUCGAAGAAGUUUGAAUCACAUUCAACUUUGUACUCGCAUAUGAGAUCUGAGCAUUUGAACAUAAAAAGAGAGCCUCGGUACGCAUGCGCUGUGUGUGGGACGAUGUUUAAGAGCAAGGAUGGUCUUAGAGACCAUAUGGUGGGACACUCUGGUGAGAAAAACUACGAAUGUGAGGUCUGUCAUAAGAAAUAUGGACGGCGGAAAACUUUAACCCAACAUUUGAGGAUUCAUAUGAAUGACAGGAGGUUCGCGUGUGGUGCGUGCGGACAAGCGUUUGUACAAAAAUGUAGUUUGAAAAACCAUAUCCGAGUGCAUCACACUGAUAUGGACUAUGAACAGUUGAUUAUUGAUAAGAAGUUGAAGCCGAAAUAAAAUUGUACAAAAUC